ACUUCACAAAACAUUCACCACGUGACAUGACACCCACAGUGGUCACGGAAAGGGUCGUGCUACGAACGAAGUUGUCAUUUGGUCAAUGGCCAGAAAAUAGCAAAGGGACGUAAUUCAUAGUAUGAUGCCUGCGGAAGAAAGUGACACAAUGAGUGCCUAUAUCCCUCCGUCUGAAGAAGAAUCAUCUGGGGAUGAAGUUGAAGGUACAUCUGUCCGGAGACGCCACGUGUGGAACCGAAACGCUCGAUCCGUGGAACCCCCCAGAGAUGAUGCCAUCUACUACCCACAAGAUGACACCUUUGGGCUGUUCGACCAGGGCCGAGAUUACGAGCCGUUGAACAUCACACACAAAUAUACAGACGAGGAGAGGAAAACCCUAGGGACCUAUGACAGCCAUGAUUACCUCCCUUCCAACAGCGAAGUUUACAGAAAGUGGCUGAAACUGCAGGGCCCAUCUAGCUAUAACUUGGGUCGGUGGUUGAUUAUGGGUCUCAUCGGAUUCUUUGUGGGUCUCAUUGGAUUUCUAUUGCACGACCUCAUAGAGCAAAUCGCCAAGAUGAAGUGGGAAAUAGCCCAGAAGUUCAUUAAGGAUGGAGACUUUGGUGUGGCGUCCGUAUUUGCUACAGGAUACAGUCUCAUCUUUAUACUUUUCAGUGCAUUUAUUGUUGUUUUUCUGCGUCCGAGUGCCAGUGGCUCAGGUAUUCCCGAAGUGACAGGUUUCCUCAACGGUACUCAAAUUCGCCACAUUUUCAAUGUGAAGACAUUACUUGUGAAGUUUUUUUCCUGUGUGGCGGCUGUGGGAUGUGGCUUACCUGUUGGACCAGAGGGACCGAUGAUUCACAUGGGGGCUUUGGUUGGAGCAGGGUUGAGUCAGUUCAGAUCGGAGACUUUGGGGAUCAAUCUGCCGUUCUUUCGACGAUACAGAACUUCUGAAGACAGGAGAAACUUUAUAUCCGCGGGGGCAGCAGCAGGGGUGGCCUCGGCGUUCGGUGCCCCUGUAGGGGGCCUCCUGUUUUCUAUGGAAGAGGUGUCUUCGUUCUGGACCGUUACACUGUCCUGGCAGAUCUUCUUUUGUUGUAUGGUGUCUGCCUUCACCACUGAUCUGUUUAAUUCUGCAUUUGAUGGAUUUUCCUACACAGGAAACUUUGGACAGUUUAAAACACAGCGAUACAUCCUCUUUAAUAUUGACAAGGGAAUAGAUGUCAACAUCCUGAUGUUCAUACCGACAGUCAUUAUCGGGGUCAUUGGUGGUCUGCUCGGGGCCAUCUUCACCAUCCUCAACCUGAAAAUGACGAGGGGGAGGAAGAAACUACUGUCCACCAUUUCUGAACACACCAUUCUGCAGAAGCUGCUUCGGAUCUUUGAGCCGGCAGUCAUCAUGAUUAUCAUUACGUUGUUGGCCGUGUUUUUACCUGCAGUUUUUCCCUGCAGCAGGUACACCUGUAAGGAAGGCGCUACAGGUGCCACCAGUGUCAACUGUUUGAACGACACGAGGAACCCCCUCCAUGUUGAGGGCUCUGUGGUCAAGUACACCUGCUUUGAGGGUCAGACAUGGAAAGAUGACCAAUACACAUGGAAAACCAACGGCACCUACAACGAAAUGGCUACAUUGAUGUUCGGCACCCUAGAAAACGCAGUGAAGCACUUGUUUUCCCGAGACACACAUCUCCAAUUUGGAUUCGCCUCGCUUCUUUCCACUCUCGUGAUCUAUUUCAUCAUGAUAUGCUGGGCGACGGGAACCUCCGUAUCCUGUGGGGCCCUUGUUCCUAUGCUGUUGGUGGGCGGGCUGUAUGGCCGCCUGAUUGGAAUCCUGAUGACGACCAUGUUCGGAGUACACAGUGGAGAAAACCUUUCUUACUGGGCAUGGAUGGACCCCGGAGUUUUCGCACUGAUUGGAGCGGCCUCAUUCUUCGGUGGGGUGACCAGGUUGAAUCUAGCGGUCACUGUGAUAAUGAUGGAGCUGACUAAUGAUGUACAGGUACUGUUGCCUGUCAUGGUAUCUGUGAUGAUCUCUAAGUGGGUCGGUGACUUCUUCACCCAUCCGGUGUAUCACGCCCUGAUGGAACUCAAGUGUAUUCCGUUCCUAGACCCGGAACCUCGUGUCACCAUAGAAAAAAACAGACUCAAUCUGGAGCUUUACUUGGCUCGUCAUGUCAUGUCUUCGCCUGUGAUAAGCAUACGUACCAAAAGCUCUGUACUAGACCUUGCCAAACUUCUUCUGGAAACAUCUCAUGGAGGAUUUCCUGUUGUCAAGGUGAUCGAAAGAAGUGGAGACGAGGUGUUCCAGGGGAUGAUUACCAGGUUGGAGUUGUCUGUCCUGCUCCGACAUGAAGAACUCUUUGAGUCUGAUGGAUCGAUGGAAGAUUCUGGUGACUCUGGGAGUGGAGAGGCAGACCCGUCUUGUUUAGAAUACGAACAGAUGAAUAUUUUGAAACUGAAAAAUCCCCGAGAAAUUAGCAGAACCUUACAAAACUAUACGAAGAAUUCAAUGUAUAAAACAAAGUAUUUGAAUUUGAAAUCAUACAUCAACCAAUCGUCCUUGUCGAUCCCAGAGAGGUUUUCCUUACACAGGACCUAUAUCAUCUUCCGAACCCUCGGGUUGCGGCACAUGGCGGUGGUCGACACGUCCAACAAAGUACUGGGGAUCAUUACGAGGAAGGACCUGAUGGGAUUCAACAUCGUGGAAAAGGUAUCCACACUACACGAUGCAAGGUGUAGACCACACGUUCGUUCAAGACCAAUAAAUUAAUGAGAUGUGCGUAUGUAUGAUAUAUUACGUUCCUGAAACCUGGUACUAAGAUCAGGAGAAAUCAUUGGUUGUGAUUAUGUACCCCUAUCUAUUCCUACACUUGUAAUAGAUCCAGAGGUUGGAGGGUUGAGGGGGUCAGAGGGGCUUAUCGAAACCACACCCCUUUUUUAAACUUCAAAAGAAGAAAAUAUAUCUUCUGAAAGAAAAACUUUCAAUUUAAAACUUUUGCUGUUUCUGUAUAUUGUUGCAUGUGAAAUAUAAUUUGAGUGCACCAAAUUCAUCAAUGUAUAUUAAUAUCUACUAACUCUGUAAAAAUUUUCUUAAAUUUAAUUUCACCAAACUAAGUGCAAAAACAGUGUCCACCAAAUGAUGAGAUUAUAAAUUAUAAUUUCAUUGUAGAAAAUGGAACUUGCUAUCUGACACGUACGAAGGUGGUUAAAUAAGAGGAAUCACAAUGUGGUCUUACAGUAAAGUGUUGUCACUGUAAUGUCAUGCCAGGGUUACAAGAAAAGAUGGGUCCCCCCUUCUGCACUUAAUGAAUUCCAUUUUGUUAAUAUGCGUGAAAGCUUUGCUGUGAAAUACUAAACAUGUGUGAUUUUAUAAUUAUUGACUAGUUUUAUCACUUGCCUUUCAUAUCAUUUGCCGAAAUAAAUCAUAAAUGAUUUUCUAGGAUUUUCUAUAUACGAAAAUAACAUGUUCUUACUCUUAUUCCUGUUGGGUUUAAAACAAAAUCAUAUCAAAUAUAUGGUUCAAUAAUCUGUUCAGGUGUGUAGAUUUCCACUUUCCCCGAUGUCUAUGGCUAGCAGAUUUAUGUUUUGAAGUAAUGAAAAAUUUGUAUUGUAUUAGCAUAUUUUUAGUGAACACUUAUAAAUAAUUUUAAAUUCAUGUUUUGAUAAAGCGAAAUUUCGAAAAGUUUGAUAAUUUGUUUAAAGCCAAUAUUGAUAUGAAAAAGAACAAUUAUCAUUGACAGCUAUGUGUUGGUUUCAUAUGUUUAAAAAUGUUUACCUUAGAUUCAUAGAGAAAUAUAUGUGUAGAUAGUAUAACUUCUUGCCAGAAUAGAAUCAAAUCAAACUCAUGCUUUUAAAGCAUAAAUCACGAUACACUUGUGGUUUCUGAUACAAAUAUUCCAGUGAGUGCGUAAAGAUGAUGUCUUCCGGAUGGUCAACUCAACAUCUAUUUUCUUUGAUUUUGACAUGUGACAAGUGAACAAAGGCUUGCCGAGAGAUCAAAUUAUCUAUACCGUUCUUAAAUCUGAAAACCCUGUACGUACCUCAUUCACCCCUGAAAAUUCAUAAUGAACUAUUCUAACAUUUGAAUUCGAAAAGUUUAAAUGUGUCUUCAGGGGUGAGUAAGUUUAGGGGUCAGUCAUGCGUUGCUCCGACACCUGGAAAGGCAAACCUAUCCUGACAACCCACUGGGGUUGAAAUGCCACACAAUAAACCUCCUGAAAUCACACUUUCUGCAGCUUCUUUGCUCCAAAAUUGGCAAAAAAAUCCUACCCUGUACGUACCUCAUUCACCCCUGAAAAUUAAUGAACUAUUCUAACAUUUGAAUUCGAAAAGUUUAAAUGUGUCUUCAGGGGUGAGUAAGUUUAGGGGUCAGUCAUGCGUUGCUCCGACACCUGGAAAGGCAAACCUAUCCUGACAACCCACUGGGGUUGAAAUGCCACACAAUAAACCUCCUGAAAUCACACUUUCUGCAGCUUCUUUGCUCCAAAAUUGGCAAAAAAAUCCUACCAUUUUGUGUUUUAAGAAUUCUUCUUUAAUUUGUUUCCAUAUUUUGUAACAAUCCAAAAUUUUGCAUUCUAGCUGUUUGGUGUUGCUUUCACUCUAAAUCAUGAGCAGGGUUAUGACAAAGCUGUGCUUUAUUUUGAUUGGCUACAAGUUCGAGUAUUAAGAUACAUGUAUUUCAAAUUAUACCCAAGUGAAAUGAAUCAUAGUUCUGUGUAUAUAAUCUAGUGCAAGAAAAAAUCCAGGUUCUUUGUCUUUGGCUAGUAGAUUUGGUCUGCCAGAGAGUCUUUGGCUAGUAGAUUUGGUCUGUCAGAGAGUCAAUGUUUUUGUCUCCUAGGACUUCCGAUGGACCAUUGUUGUAUUCACAUGAUGCUAUUUUAUUUCUUAUCAAAUUAAUAGUUGCCAGUUUAAAUAUAAUGUGUCUGUUAAAAGGCCACGUCCAGGAAAUGAACAUGUGUCUUAUAUCUCAUUUUCAGACAAGUUUUAGCAGAGCUUCUGAAAAGUGUAUUCUUGCCCUACAACUUCAAUAACAUGUAAAAUAAAGUA